AUGGCACGUGGAGUGGCGGUCAACGUGGAUAUGGCGGAAAUCGCGGAGACCGAGGAAGCCACAGAGGCGACUGUGGCCGUAGGGGAAUGGCAUUCGAAGGAGGCAACAGAGGAGAUCGUGGGAACCGAGGAGGCGGUAGAGGGGACCGUGGCCGUGGUCGAGGCGGCUUCCGGGGAGGAAGAGGACAUGUUACGGAUCCGACCACAGCGAUGA